CCCAGUGUCGAUUCUGUCAUGGCCUCACUGAUGGAUGUGCAGUCAUGUUUGCAGUAAUAGGCUCUUUCCUUUACUUGAAAUUGUGGUUCCUCCCUGCGUUCUACAGCAUUUUUGGAGUGUUUACCAGUUCAACCAUGGCAAGAUUCUGGCUUUUUGCAGGAUUAUUUCUUACUCUGGUUGUCUAUACACUGCCAUUUAAUCAUAGUCAAAUAACAGUUUUCCCAGAGUAUGGUGGUAAGGCAGAAGUUUUCAUGGUCUCUGUUGGAGAUAAGUAUGCCUUCAACAUGUCUCAGGCUCAAGCCGUGUGCCUGUUUCUGAACGCCACUAUAGCCACCAGAGCUCAGGUGGAGAAGGCACUCCAACAUGGACUGGAAACAUGCAAAUUUGGCUGGAUCCAUGAACAGAUAGUGGUCAUCCCUCGCAUCAGAAGGAAUGUAAAAUGUGGCCAGAACAAGACUGGGGUGGUGCCAUGGAAUGUGCCUGGAAGUAAAAUAUUUAGUGCCUUUUGUUACAAACCUGAAGAAACCCCAACAACUCCAGAAGUCCCAGCAACAAAGUCAACAGCAUAUUCGACAUCAACUCCUGCUACAACAACUGCCCCUCUCCUCGUUAAGUCUACACCUAAAGUCCCUGUCAUCACAAAGUUGACAACUCAAGUCUCAAACAUUUCUCUCACUGCCUCAACUGCCUCUCCCUUGGCCAAAUCAACGUUCUUAAAUGGCAUCAUCUCCACUGUUUCACCAUCUCUGUCUUCCCUUUCCUCCACCAUCCCACUCCCUCACUUUCUCAUGACCUCCUCUGACUCUCUUUCUCGCUCUGCUUCCCCAAGAGUUUCUACACCCUCUUCUGACUUGUCCUCCAUUUCCUCUCCCCUUUCCUCAACCAACCAAACUGGGAUGCCUGUAUUUUCAACGACUAUGAUUUCCUUCCAUGAGUCUCCCUUCGGAGCAUUAUCUACUAUGUUCCUCGCCCUAGCUAUCAUCCUCCUGCUUCUGGCUGCAACAGCUGCAGUGUGGUACUACAAAAUGAACAAGAACGUGUUUCCAUUUUGGCCCCGAAGACAUCUGAAGGACGACAUUGAGACAGAGAUGUGGAGAAACACAGACAGUGAGAUGGACCUAUGCAACCAACCUAGAGAGGAGGGAGUAGGAAACAGGAAGUACUCCAGUGACUUCGCCAUCCACAUUAAUCCAGAGACUAAAGCAAACACCCCAUAACAGCAGUUAAGUUAUUGCAAGGGAGUUUUUGUGUUGUUGACAAAGACUUCCAUUCAUGCAUUGCAAAUACAUAUGCCACAAACUACAAUUACUUUAAUUAGGCUAUCCAUGUUUCCAUUAUAUCAAUAUUUAGGAUCCUUUCAUUUCAAUGUACAAAAUCUGUUUCAGUGUUUCUCAAGAUACCUCAGCAUCUGUUUAUUUCAGCAUGUCCUCAUUCCAUUCUCAGAUAUAAUAUGUCUAAGGGGCUUCUUAAAUUGUAGCCGUGAUCGGUCAUGCAAAAUAAUAAACCAUUUUUUAAAAUUCUAAGAUAUUGUAGGCCUAGCCAUGAGUUAUUAGAGCGAAGUUUAAAUGUGUGUCCUCUAAUGGUGUCCAAAACCUCAGUUCUGACAACAAUGAUCAGACAAUAGGCUACUGUUAGUUUCCAUAUGCUUGAGAUUAGUCUGUGUGCCAAAAUGAUCAUAUGCAGCCAAAACAUAAUAGUGGAUACUUGCAUGUUUGAUAUAGUUAUACAUUUGCACUGUUGGGAACUGGUUGGAUUUGUAGUAGGUGACCUAUUUAGAAGUU